UUAUUACUUGACAUAAAUUAUUAUUUUGCAGUAAACCGAUUUACCAUCCUUUCUAGCACUUGAUUCUAUGCAUUGAAGCAAUGUCAACACUAUAUACGCUUAUGACAGGCGUGAGUUCGAAAUGUAACAACUUUAUUGCACAUGCAGAAACUAAUCUCGGAUUUUUUCUUAGCCAUUUUGAGUUUUCGCGUAUGAAAUUAAUGUAAAGUGACUAAAAUAGUGAAUAAAGUUAAAUAAUUUAGCUAUAAACAGUUGAAAAUGACCUCAUCCAUUGAACAACAACUUGCUGAGUACCGACUUAAGAAACAAAAAGAAGCCCAAGAAAAAGACGCUAGACGAAGAAUAAUGACCGAUAACCCCACGAUAAUUCCUAGAGAUGACAGUCCAUCUAGAAGAAGAUCGUUCACGUUUUUUAAUCCGAUUUUUGAUUUUUUCGACGCUGUCGGAGCGAAAAUAACGAAUGCCCUUUACGUCGCGGUUGCCCCCGAGCACCUCCAGCGCCACGCCCCUGGCGGGAGAACCUUGCGACUUGCGAACGAUGUAGUUGAUGCCACUAACAACAACGAGGAAAUUCAUGAUCCGCUUCUGCCGCGCGAGGAUGACGCGUCUGACUCCGACUCCGACCAGGAGUCGACUGAGGCUCAACCGGCAAGCGUUUUCUCUAAAAUAAUUCGGCGGCGUUCGAGGAUUGAGUGGGCGGCUCUUGCACUGAAGAUUGUUCUAUGGCUGCUAUUGUGGAAAAUAUUCAUCAUAUGGCAGUUCGGCGCCGUGUUCUUUCUAUUCUCUGGUUUUGUUUUCAUAGGAUGCAAUCUACGAACAUCUCCCCGCGCCCCUGGGGAGGUAAGCGCGUACUCGGUGUUUAACAGAGACCUGAGGCGUAUAGAUGGCACUGUCUCUGCAGAGCAGCUGCAGAGAGAGAUGCUCUUCACGCUCUGACGGCACUGUCUCUGCAGAGCAGCUACAUACAGAGAUGCUCUUCACGCUCUGAUACUAGCCUUUUAAUAACAUAUUUCUUUCUCGUUCACCAGUUUCUUUGAUUUGUAUUCAUAUUUUCUAGUAAAAUCAGACAUAAAGCGCGAGUUUUUCUAUUAUUUGAUCGCCUUGAGGCAUGAAGCUUUUUUAUUCGCGAUUUUUUUUUUCUUUCCGUCCUUUUUUGUGAAUUUUCAUCAUCCGUACAUGAAGU